AUGAUUGUAUCUUGGAAUACAAGGGGGCUGAAUAAUAUUGGCAAGCUGAAGGAGAUUAGCUCCCAUCUCCAUGAGCUUAGGCCAAAUAUAAGCAUUCUUAUUGAAACUAGAGUUAAGAGGAAUAAUGCUGAGAAGGUUAGGGCUAAACUUAAUCUCCCUGGUAGCUAUGCUAACAACUACACUUCUUAUGCCAAUGGUCGAAUCUGGAUACACUGGAAUGAUAGCAAUAUUGAUCUCAAAAUUGUUAAAAGAUCUAGCCAAUACAUUCAUUGUGGUGUGUAUAGUAAUGAUGGUACAUUUAGAUACUGGUUGACUGCAAUUUAUGCUCAUAAUCAAUUGGAACAUAGGAGAAUUCUAUGGAAGAACCUGGAUAUGUUAUUCAAGUCUCAACAGGGUGCCUGGUGUGUCUUAGGAGAUUUUAACAAUGUCUUAACUGCUAGAGAUAGAGGGGGAGGCAACCUUGUCACUGAAAAGGAAUAUGAGGAUCUUCAUAACAUGAUGGAUGCCACGGGGCUUGGUGAAAUGGACAACACUGGGGAGUUUUUCACAUGGUCAAAUAAGCAGAGUAGUAACCCUAUCUACUCAAGAAUUGACAGGGUUCUAGUUAAUGUCCAAUGGUUCCAAGAGAAUGUUGAUGCUGUGCUACACAUUCAUCCUCCUAGUAUAUCUGACCAUGCUCUUCUGCAUAUAUCUAUCCCUAAGGUCAGAACCACUACCAGAAUUUUUCGAUUUAGCAAUCAUUUGACUGAUCUUGAUGACUAUGAUGCAACUGUGAAACAUAGUUGGCUCAAACCUGCUAGAGGUAGACCAAUGUGUGUCUUGUGGUACAAACUUCAGAGAUUACAAAGAGAUCUUAGGAAUCUGCAUAAACCUAAGAAUGACAUUAAGAGGAACAUUGAGAAAUUCAGGGUGGAUUUGUUGGAAGCUCAGAACAGUUUAAGGACUAAUAGACUGGAUGGUGAGCUGAUUGAUAAAGUCAAGAGGAUCACUGAUGAGUUGAUUAAAUGGAAUGCUUUGGAGGAAUCCAGAUUAAGGAAACAAACAAAGGUGGACUGGCUGAGGAAAGGGGAUGAUAAUAGUACUUUUUUCUAUGCUCUGUUGAAAGCCAAACAGAAGAGGAAAACUAUCUCUAUGCUCAAAAAGGCAGAUGGUUCUAUAGCUACUAAUCAGGAGGAUAUUGAAAAGGAGGUUAUGGAUUUCUAUGGUGGACUAAUGGGGACUGGCAAUCAGGUUCAUACCCACAUAGAUAUUCAAGCUAUGAGGGAAGGAAAACAGCUUACAUGGGAAUAA